GUUAACGAGUCGGUUGGUCGAACGGUGAUUGACAAUAAUGGCGACGCAUAUGUACUGAGUUGACUCUAGGGGAACCAUUUGGCAAAGGAAACAUCUUGGAUAGAAAUUCAGUAUCUCAUACAAUGCCCGUGAACAUGAGUCUACGCCCAAAACAACUGCUUCUGCCUGAAGGAAAAGGGACUUGCUACACGGAGUUAGCUUGCUAGCUCGCUCGUUACAUUUAAGCUAGGCACUCGGCUAAACUCGCUAAGUUGAAGAGGUGGCAUUAUUGUGUGUGUAUGUUGGGGGUGAAGGGGCAAUCCAGCUCGCCUUCGAAGAUCUUUGCUAUUUAUCACCUAGGCUGCUUUGAGCAUCUGUCGGGUGAUCGCUUCUCAUUUGGAUAAUCAAAACUGAGAGACGACUCUGACGCUAGCCGUUGUAGUUUUCGAAAGAAAGUGCACUCUGAUCAACAGCCUCUUGAGGCGGCUAGCUCCUUAGCAAGCUAGCCAUUGUUGACCUCCUUCCUGUCGGAACUUGCUCGCGUUUGCCUCUGAGAUCACCCGACAACGCACUGGCAGCUGGCUAGCAUAGGCUGCUAGCUAGCUAACAUAAUAAUUUACUGUGGUAUUACGAUCUCAUUCCGUCAAUGACCACCGGCAGGAAUAACCGCGUGAUGAUGGAAGGAGUUGGGGCCAGGGUGAUCCGCGGACCUGAUUGGAAAUGGGGUAAACAGGAUGGUGGAGAGGGACAUGUUGGCACAGUCAGGAGUUUCGAAAGUCCAGAGGAGGUUGUUGUUGUUUGGGAUAACGGCACAGCUGCCAACUACCGCUGCUCUGGUGCUUACGACGUGAGAAUAUUUGACAGUGCUCCCACAGGCAUCAAGCAUGAUGGGACCAUGUGUGACACAUGCCGUCAGCAGCCUAUUAUUGGGAUUCGCUGGAAGUGCGCUGAAUGCACCAACUAUGAUCUCUGCACAACGUGCUACCAUGGAGACAAGCAUCAUCUAAGACACCGGUUCUACAGGAUCACGACCCCUGGCAGUGAGAGAGUUCUGCUGGAGUCCCGCCGCAAGUCCAAGAAAAUCACAGCCAGGGGGAUUUUCACCGGAGGCCGUGUGGUGAGAGGAGUGGACUGGCAGUGGGAAGACCAGGAUGGAGGCAAUGGGAGGAGAGGAAAGGUGACAGAGAUCCAGGACUGGAGUGCCGCCAGCCCUCACAGUGCUGCCUACGUACUGUGGGACAACGGGGCCAAGAACCUGUACAGAGUUGGCUUUGAGGGAAUGUCGGACCUGAAAUGCGUUCAGGAUGCCAAAGGAGGCUCGUUUUACAGAGACCACUGUCCUGUAUUAGGUGAGCAGAAUGGCAACAGGAAUCCAGGGGGUCUUCAGAUCGGGGACCUGGUCAACAUUGAUCUGGAUCUGGAGAUUGUGCAGUCCCUCCAACAUGGCCACGGGGGAUGGACGGACGGCAUGUUCGAAACCCUCACCACCACUGGCACUGUGUGUGGCAUUGAUGAGGACCAUGACAUUGUGGUUCAAUACCCAAGUGGGAACAGGUGGACAUUCAAUCCGGCUGUGUUGACCAAGGCCAAUGUGGUGCGUAGUGGCGAGGUGGCAGCCGGAGCGGAGGGCGGCAGCUCCCAGUUCCUCGUGGGUGACCUGGUCCAGAUAUGCUAUGAUAUCGACCGCAUCAAGCUGCUGCAGAGAGGCCAUGGAGAGUGGGCAGAGGCCAUGCUUCCGACCCUAGGCAAAGUGGGCCGUGUCCAGCAGAUCUAUUCUGACAGUGACCUGAAGGUGGAGGUUUGCGGCACAUCGUGGACGUACAAUCCUGCCGCUGUCACCAAGGUUGCCCCCUCUGGCUCAGCUGUCACCAACGCCUCAGGAGAACGUCUGUCUCAGCUGCUGAAGAAGCUGUUUGAGACCCAGGAGUCUGGAGACAUCAAUGAGGAGCUGGUCAAGGCAGCAGCUAACGGAGACUUGGCUAAAGUGGAGGAUAUUCUCAAGAGACCCGAUGUGGAUGUGAACGGGCAGUGUGCUGGACACACAGCCAUGCAGGCGGCCAGUCAGAACGGUCACGUGGACGUGCUUAAGCUAUUGCUCAAACACAGUGUGGACCUGGAGGCUGAGGACAAAGAUGGAGACCGGGCAGUACACCAUGCAGCUUUUGGGGAUGAGGGCUCUGUCAUUGAGGUGCUGCAGAGGGGCGGGGCCGACCUGAACGCCCGAAACAAGCGCAGGCAAACGCCACUACACAUUGCUGUCAACAAGGGCCACCUGCAGGUGGUCAAGACCCUGCUGGACUUUGGCUGCCAUCCCAGCCUCCAGGAUUCAGAGGGUGACACGCCUUUGCAUGAUGCCAUCAGCAAGAAGAGAGACGACAUGCUGUCUGUGCUGCUAGAGGCCGGUGCUGAUGUAACAAUCACCAACAACAACGGCUUUAAUGCCCUGCACCACGCUGCACUGAGAGGAAACCCCAGUGCCAUGCGAGUGCUGCUGUCCAAGUUGCCAAGGCCCUGGAUUGUGGAUGAGAAGAAGGACGACGGUUAUACUGCUCUGCACUUGGCUGCCCUCAACAACCACGUUGAGGUGGCGGAACUCCUGGUGCACCAGGGCAGCGCUAGCUUGGACAUCCAGAAUGUCAAUCAGCAGACCGCCUUACACCUGGCAGUGGAGCGUCAACACACCCAGAUAGUCCGGUUGCUGGUGCGUGCAGAGGCCAAACUGGAUGUGCAGGACAAGGAUGGAGACACACCACUUCAUGAGGCUUUGCGUCACCACACUCUAUCCCAGCUGCGCCAGCUCCAGGACAUGCAGGACGUCAGCAAAGUGGAGCCCUGGGAACCCUCCAAGAACACGUUGAUCAUGGGCUUGGGCACUCAGGGAGCAGAGAAGAAGAGUGCAGCAUCUAUCGCCUGCUUCCUGGCGGCUAACGGAGCAGACCUAACCAUCCGUAACAAGAAGGGCCAGUCCCCUCUGGACCUGUGUCCCGACCCCAGCCUCUGCAAGGCUCUAGCCAAAUGCCAUAAGGAGAAAACCAGUGGCCAGGUGGGCUCACGCAGCCCGUCUCUGAACAGCAACAUGGAGUCCCUGGAGGAGUGUAUGGUGUGUUCGGACAUGAAGAGGGACACUCUGUUUGGGCCCUGCGGGCACAUUGCCACCUGCUCCCUCUGCUCACCACGUGUAAAGAAAUGUCUCAUCUGUAAAGAUCAGGUCCAGUCCAGAACCAAGAUCGAGGAGUGUGUGGUUUGUUCCGACAAGAAGGCAGCCGUGUUAUUCCAGCCCUGUGGUCACAUGUGCGCUUGUGAGAACUGUGCCAGCCUCAUGAAGAAGUGCGUACAAUGCCGGGCUGUCGUGGAACGCCGCACCCCUUUCGUCCUUUGCUGCGGAGGGAAAGGUAUGGAGGAUGAUGCCGCUGAUGAUGAUGAUGAUGAGGACCUUACAGGGAGUUCUAACUCAAUGGCAGGGGGGUCGCAGGAUCUUCUUCAGCCCAACAAUCUGGCGCUAAGUUGGUCUAGUGGCAACAUCCCAGCUCUACAGAGAGACAAGGACAACACCAAUGUAAAUGCUGAUGUUCAGAAGCUCCAGCAGCAGCUCCAGGACAUUAAGGAGCAGACCAUGUGUCCAGUGUGCCUGGAUCGGCUGAAGAACAUGAUCUUCAUGUGUGGCCACGGCACCUGCCAGCUGUGCGGGGACCGCAUGAGCGAGUGCCCCAUCUGCCGCAAGGCCAUCGAACGACGCAUCCUCCUCUACUAGGCCCUUCCAGGGACCGCGUCUCUCCCUCAGCCUACGCCAACCACCGCCGCUUCACCCACAACCGCACCAGCUGCUGCUCUUGCUAUCCUCACAGCUCUCAUGUCAACCAGCCAAGGGCAUCCUUCAAUGUCUUGUUACACUACAAACAGUCUUUAGCGCCUAAUGGAAAUCUGUUACAUUAAAAAAAAAUGGGAAAAACAAGAAUGAAGACUUAAAUUUUUUUGUUUUUUUUUUGUUGAUGUUUUCUUUUUUGUUUUUUGUUUUUUCCUUGUGUGUGUCCUAAAUGCAGCCUGUAGCAAUUGCUGUUUUUCUGAGGAUUCACCUAUUUUCAAGGAAAGGUGCUUGCUUUCAAGAUGGGUAGUUGGAUGGCUUAGUUCUCGCUCUCGCUGUCUCUCACACACACCCUUCAUUCUCUCAUCUCUCAGAAUUGAUUUUCGACUUAAUAUAAAAACGGUCUUUUGUUGUUGCCAUUGAAUCUUUGAUGGCAGCCUUGGAUUCAGACCUGAGGGGCACGGCCCUAGAGUCACCAUGGCCCGUCUUUGGACUCCACUGUGGAAGUGGUGCGGGGAAGCCAAGCAAGAGCCAGAGGGAAGAGGUCCUCCUUUGUCGUCUCCGACGUUAAUAUCCUCUGAUACUUGUGUUGAGGGGAGGCCACUGAUGGGAGCUAUAGCUGAGCUAGCACUAAUGUAUUUGUAUUCUCUUAUGCAAGCUAAUCGGUACCAGGAAGCUGCGGACAUGGUUAUUCCCUGCAGUGUUUUACUUAACAGAUCCACCCAGUUUUGCAAAACGCUCCUGAAAUAGUUUGCGGAUCAAUAGGUCCUCUGUUCCCACGUCUCCUAUGUCAAGUUAGGCUUCUGUAGCAUCCUCUGUGCCUACUCUCCUCACAGUUUAAAAGACCUGCUGACAGAAGUUGGCAGUUUUACACCUGCACAUGUCCUCCAAGGUUGGUGUGUGUGCGUGAGAGAUUCAGGCUAAAGCUUAAGUGCUUUUCUGCAGUGACAUUAAAGGUCCACUUCAGCUCACUGAUAAAACACUGAUAGUGGCGUCCAAUGGCUAAGGUAGUACACCACACCUGUAACUUGUUUACCAAGCUCUACCAAGAACGGUGGCGCGCACACACAGUGUUGCAACAGUUCUUUGGCUGUGGUUUCUAGCUUGGCGAGUGGAGAAGGCAAGACAAACACAACACUCAAUCUUCUUGUUGAGUGAAUAGCUCCUGUUGUACUUGUUGGCUGCCGAGCACACACACAUUCACACAAUGCGAACAUUUGUAUAACAAGAGUGUCUCGUCACAACUUGAUGUUAAACCAUUUUGGGUGUUGUCUGACGGAAAUCCUAUGAUUCUUUGAGCAUUGCUAAUUACCAUUGAUUACUCUGUGCCAUUUGUUUCCAAAAAAUGUAUUUGUGUUGGGAUAAGGUGCUCUUAACCUUUUAUUACUUUUUUUAAUUAUUAUUUAAAUGUAUUUCCUUUUUACAAAAUCAGCAUUUAUUCAGCUAGAGCGUACAAUCUAUUUGAACACAAAGAUUUUAAGUGUAGAAAAUAAAUUAUUUUGUAUUGUUCGUUGCCCAAACAAAAUAGGAUCUGUAGGUAUCGCUGCCUCCUCGAUAUGUAGCCUCAAAGCGUCUGAAAAUGUUCUGCUUUGGGUGUCCACGUUGACUUUUUGAUUUUGUGUUCGUUUCUUUCUCUCUGUUCCGGGUUCGUUCCUUCGUGUUAACUCUAGCAUUCAUUAUUAGUUCGUUUUGUUUCUUAACAAGGUCUCUGCAAGCCCUUUUUGUUUUUGUUUUUUUGUUUUUGUGCAUUUGUACGAUGAUAAAAAAUAUAUUCUCUCGUCGACACUAGCUCUUCUUCUCGCCAGUGUUCAUGUCGAAGGAGAGCUUGGCGCUCCGGCCAACUUCCGGCCGAGCCCCGCUGUGAUAAAGACACUACAGAAGACCCGGAGAGGGGUGAGCAGCGCGCGUUUGUCCUGCGCAAGCGCACAUCGUUUUUUUUCUUUUUUUUCUUAAGCACAGGGAGUGACUGACAACGAGUUUUUACUUCUUUUCACACUGACCAUGACGACACUGAAAGCUAGAAACACUAAUAUGCUUUACAGUAGUGGUUUUCUUACGGUUGUUACGAAUGGCUUAUUUUUGGAUACUUAUAAAACUGUCCUGGUGGGGAAAAUGUUUCAGUAGUAUUUCGUUUUUUUUCCCGGCAUGAAUGUUUUGAUGUAUGCAGUAAAAACAUGUAUAACAUGAAAGCCGCUCACUCUGUAUUGCUAAUAAGUGCUUUUACAAACAACCAUCAAGCUGAAAUAAAGUUCUGACUGAACACUGA